AUGAGUGAGAAUUUCAGAUAUUUGAAACAAGGUAUUUUUGAAAAUAUACCGAAUUAUGAUAUCGGUAAUGAUAAGGACGAGGUUUCUAAGCAGGUUAUGGAUGAAUUUGAGGAACUUCAAUUGACAAAAGAAGAAUACAGUAGCAAAAGUAUGAUGUUUUUUGAUUAUGAAGGUGUUAUGCAAGGACGAUUGGUACAGAAAAUGCUACCGGUUAGAAUGUACAAAGAUUACGAUUCACAACGUGAAUUAGAAACAUAUUUACAUUAUUUAAAGGAUAAAUACCUUGGAAUAGCAGAAAAAUACUAUGGAAAACCUUUCAAAGAUGAUGAUCUUGGCGAUAUUCGGCUCGAUUCGCUAUCAAAAAACGAUAUACCAGAAGCGGACACCUUAGAAGAUUCUUUUUUAGAUAUGUUGAUAGAUGGUGACGAAUUUAGUUCUGGAAACACUUCGACGGUGAUAAAUGUAGAUAAUUCAGAAGAUAAUGAACUUGAAACAAAAUUAAAGGUUAUUUCAUCGAAAUUGAGUGGGAAAUUGGAAAAUACAACUUUAUUUUUUACUCCUGAUUCUUUUUAUGAGUUAACUAAUAAUAUAAAUCAGAAAAUAUACCAUGGAAUAAUUGAUGCUGAAAUAUUUAGUAAUACUAUUGACUCUACGAUCAGUGAUACAGUGAUAAUACUAUCGAAAAAUUACAUUUUGAACAUUUUACCAUUCUUUAUUUACGGUAACUCAAUUUCUGAAAGCCAUUUUAAAAAUAUUUUACUGCAAUAUUGGAAGUUACCAGAUUUCAAUAACUCAGAAAUAAAUAUGAGUUGGGAAAUUGUUAAAAAUAACUCAAAUCAAUCUCAAUUUGUAGUUUUUAACAAAGAAUCAGGAUUAAUUAAAUUUUUUAAGUUCGUGACACCCUUGCAUUUUAAAUUAAUUAAUAAUUUGAACUUAACGAACACGAAAAUAAUUGAUUGCAUAUUUUUACCAUCAGACUCUACUUCAAAUAUCAAUACUAUUUUUAUGCCGGUUAUAAGAUUUGAUAGACUUGUAUAUUUUGUGGUUGACUGGGAUGUCAAUAACUUAAAGCAAAAGAGGGUCCAUCAAUUGACAAUUAUAUUGGAUAAAAAUGUCGCCAGUGCGCAAACUCAAACGCUAUUACCGUUGGGAUGUAUACCAAUUGGCGGGAAUAAUAUUUUAGUCUACUCGAGCAAGCAAAUAUCUGUAGUAUCAAAGAAUCAAAUAUUAUCCGGGGAAAUUAACAAUUUUAGACAUUUUAAUAUAAGGGAGCUGAGAGGGAUAAAAAGAAAUAAUUUUUUUGAUGCACCACAGUUACUAAAAAAACUAAGAACUAUACCAGAUUUAAGCCUGGCUGACUUUGAUUCAUGUACAAUUUUCAUUACCACAACUGGAAAUGUAUGCACUUGUCUAGUGAACACUGUUUCCGCUGAUAUUAAAUUCUAUUUGUUAACAAAAUUUAAAGGACAGAGAUCAAUAUGCAGUGUUCAUUCGAUUGAAAACUCAAAUGAAAAAUCUCAAUUUUAUAACCUUGAUAUUAUCAGUUUUGGCCGUUCUUUAAGGUUAACAUUAGAUUUAGCAGAUAUUGUUGAACUUAGUACUCAGCGUACAAAAAUGAAUAGAAAAAUUUUAUCAUUAAAUGCAAUAGUUGAAAAGCAUACCUUGGCCAGCUCCAGCGAAGAAAAUUCAAACUUACUCAUAGUGCCCUCUACUAUACUAGCAGCACAUAAUGAUAUAUGGCUAACUUCGCCUUCAGCAGUCUCUAAAAUUUCAUCAGAUAUUAAUGCAGCUUCGAGGAAAUUGAAUUUAUUCUGUAAAUUAGGCAAGUUCCAGACCUAUAAUAAGUUUCAAAUUAUAGAGUAUAACAGUUUCCCAAAGUAUUUUAGGCAAUCAAUUUUUAUGAACUUUGAUGAUGAUUCGCAAGAUGACGGCGAUGGUAACACAUAUAUGAUUCUCGCUACCGAUUAUGUAUCCAUAUCUAAAAUAUUCAUUUUAAGACUUAUGACAGAUACCACAAAUGAUGAAGCUAAUAAAAAGAGAAUGGAAUCACAACUAAUUGAAGUUGAAGAUUUAUUGAUUGAAGAGAUGGGAAAUACAGUAUUAUUUUCAGCGGUAAUGGAUAAGAUCGUUCAAGUUACGUCAUCUGGUGUCUAUGUGAAUGAUCUCAUUAACCAGGACCAUGAGCAAAAUUUAAAUUCAGGAAAUUCAUUUUUAUCUAAUUUCGUAAUUUCAGGUGCUUCGUUACAAAAUCACAGGCUCAUAAUAUAUGAUAAAAAUCUAGAGAGUGUAUAUUUUAUCGAAGAUAUCACUAAAUUGAGUGAUACAAAUCAACUUCAAGAACUAAGCUUUUCUUUCAAUUUUGCAGGCAAAAUUUGCCAAAAUGACGAUGAGGUUAUUGUAUAUUCUGAUUUGGAUGAAGCAACGAUAUAUCACUUUAAAUGGAAUGAAUUUAUUUCAACAAAUAUGAUAAACAUAAAAUCGUAUAAUAAAAUAUUGGAUGUUACAUUUGCAAAAUUUACAAUAUUGGCAAUAUAUGAGACUUUUCUGAUAGUGAUAGAUAACGGUAAUUCUCAAGUUUUUAACUAUGACGUUAAGAAUAAAUCGUUUUCGAAACUUAAUAUUGAUUUUUCUGGAAUUCAGUUCAGGGUAUGUACAUCAUCUGACAACAUGAUCAUAUUUUACACAGCAAAUCGGAUACAAGUAUAUGAAUUUUAUUCGACCAAUGAUUAUAGAACCUAUGAGCUUAAAAUUCCUAACGUUAAUAAAGUUACUAAUAUUUUGGACGUUAGUUUCGAUAAAAACAAAAGUAAACUUUUUAUUUUAUUUUCGGAUGGAUUAUACGUAUUUAAAUUGAACUACUUUUCUGAUAAUAUAUCAAAUUUUCUAUUGAAAUCAACCAGAAAUGUCCACAAAAAAUUUGUUUAUAUUGAUAGAAUGAGGAGAAUGGUUGUUUUGAAUAUAGAAACUAAUGAAUGGGAUUGUUUGAAAUUAUCAAAUGGUAAAUUUCUAUCAUUGAAUAAUUCUGUUUUAGAUCCUACGGAAGGAAUCUCUGAUGAUUUAGCUAAUACCAAAAUCAAACUACUGAAUAUGGUUGUUUUAGAAACCUCAACAACAAUAUACCCCGCAACUUUGAUACUUUUAGUUUUUGAAACAUUCAUAAAACUAGUUUCUAUUGCUCCCUUAAAUGGAGAAAUAAUUAUAAAGAAUUUGGACAGAUAUGAUUUUCCCUCUUCUAUAAGUGAAAAAGUUGUUACAACAGAUGAUGGAUUAAUUUUUGUAUAUAUGAAAGGAUUAUCUUUGCAUAAUGAGACAUCUAAUAAGAUGGAUUCCUUUUUCUCAUUUGCAGUAAAUGAAUUGCAUCUCAAAUUAAGAGAUAAAUUAGAUGUGAAUAGUGACAGUGCAAUUACGGAUUUUGAUAUAUGUGGCAGAAAUAUUGUUUUUACUACUGUGAAAUGGGACAAGCUAUAUAUCCUACACGACUAUAAAAAAUGUAUUAAAAAUUCCAAAUUAUAUAUAUCAUUGAUUAAACUUCCACCUAGUUCAUUUGUUACAAAGAUAUUAUCGAUUACCAGAGAUAUUUUUAUUAUUACCUCUAGACUGGAAGGAAGAUCUAAAGAAUUAUCUCAACUGUCUGCAUAUUUUAUUGGGAACUAUGACGGUAAUCCUUUAUCUUUAGUUGAAGACAUGGUUGAUAGAGAACAAGCAUCGAUAUUUGAACAAAUUGAAAAUAGUCAUUUUAUUAACUUGGAUGUCACAGAUCAAACGAAUGUGGGAAAUAUAACGGAUUUUUCAGUUUCUGCUAUACCAGAUAUUAAUAUAAUAUCCGGUGAUAAAUUUCUCAUUGAUGUUAAAAUGAGAAAACAUUGGAAAAUACCUUAUCAAACAAUUAAAUUUGAAAAAUCACUAAAAACUUUUGCAUUUGAUCCCUAUAAAAAUAUGUUGUAUCUACUAACGAAGGAUCAAUCUGUCAUAAAAUAUUCUUUAAAGUCUUUAAAUACAAUAACUAAGCAAGGCAUGGCAUUGAAGAUUUACAAUAUAAGGGACGAUAAAAAUACAGUAUUUGAAUUGCCCCAAACAACAAGAUCGAUCAUGAUAAACUUGGAUGAAUCAGGACUUUCAAAACUGGAAAAUUCAGUAUAUUAA